GUUCGUCACACAUUUACGUCCAGUUUUCUGUAAAUGAAACACUUCCUCUGACUGAUGUGUUGCAUCAGAAGAAAAGAGGGAAGAACGUGAAGAGGAAGCUGCAAAUUCCUGACUUUCUAAACAUUUUUGUUGUAACAGGACCCCUCCCUACAAACUAAACCCACAGCUAUUUUUAUUGUAGCUCAUACAAUAAUCAUCUCUCUGCUUUGUUCUAAUUUUAUAAAAACAAAAUGUUUCCAGAAGCAAAUGUUACCACAAACCUCACAACCCCAGCGCCAGGGGGCGGAUGCCCCCCGGUGGGCAUCCAGCUGGAGGGUGUGAUCAUGCCCCCAGUUCUCAUCAUUGAUGUUAUACUGGGGCUGCUGGGAAACAUGUUCGCCCUGUGGAUCUUUUGCUUUAAGCUGAAGGCCUGGAACCCCAACACCCUUUUUCUCUUUAACCUGGUCAUCGCUGACUUCCUGGCUCUUGUGAGUCUGCCCCUGAGGAUUGAUGCCUUGCUCAGGGGUCACUGGAUCUUUGGAGAUGGCAUGUGCAGAAUCAACCUGUUCCUGAUGUUUUCCAACCGUUCGGCCAGCAUUGCACUCAUGACCGUGGUGGCGAUUUACCGCUACUUUAAGGUGGUCCACCCUCAUCAUUGCAUUAACCGUCUGACAAAGCGCCAGGCUGCAGGGGUGUCCGUGGUGGUGUGGCUGUUGGUGGUCAGCCCCCGGAUCCCCAUGCUGGCCUACAACCACAUCAAAGGCAGUGGUGACAGGACCCAGUGCUUCUUCUUUACUUCAUACAAAGAAGCUUCACGUGCCAUCAUCAUCCUGGUGGGCAUGCACCGCAUCCUGACAGUGCUGGAGUUCAUCCUGCCCAUGGCCAUGCUGCUUUUCUGCUCCAUCCGUAUCUCCACCUUUCUGAGAAAGAGGCAAAUGGGAAAACCCGAAAAGGUGCGCAAGGCCAUGAGGAUGUGUGCUGCCAUCGUUACUGUGUUCAUCGUGUGCUUCCUGCCUACCACAGUGACCACCAUUGGUGUGUGGGUCAUCCGCUCAUACCGUCCGUGGGACUGCGCCGCCUUCUAUACCUUCACCCAGCUCACCAUCGUGUCUUUGGGUCUGAACUUCCUGAACUCAGCUUUGGACCCUGUCGUCUAUGUCUUCUCCAGCACCAUGUUCAGGAAGGCCUUGUUGGAUGCGAUGCCUCAGGUCCUGCUUUGUAAACGAAAUAAAGACAGGAAGGAAGCUUCUUCAUCAGAAAGUCAAUCCACCACACAGCAGGAACUGAAAUCCAUCCCAGUCAACGGAGGUAGCGAGGCCAUCUAGUAAACCAGCACCUUAAGAAUCAGGAGACCAGAUGGUUAAACAAAUUUUAAGGGCGAUAAGGAAAGGGCGAUAAAAAAGAGCAAAGUGGCUCCCACUUCUUUCCAGCUGUCUAACAAUCAAAUUUAGUGAGAACUGUGUCUUCUACUCCUCCUUUGGACAUGUUAGCAAGCUGCAUUUGAUCACGCUCCGUCAAUGUGUUCUCUAAAAUUUCUAAGUUCUCUUUUUCAAAGCUUUUCAUAAUAAAACAGGUUAAAGCCACUGGUCUGAAAUAUGCUCAUGGGCCAAUUUUACAAACUGGAACAACCACAGCAUUUUUCCAAGUUUAAACUUGUGCAUUUAUGUGCUAAAAUAAAAUCUAUUAAAACAGUUAUUAAACAACUAGGAGGACCCGCAAAAUGAUUGUCUGUGCUAAAUCAGUUUCAAGUUAAAGCUGUGUUGGUUUUGGAUGACAGCAAUAGCUUUCAUGCUGCAUCAGGCUAAGUUCAAACUUGUCAUGAUCCACGAGCCAAGGUGAGCGCUCCUCCUCAAUAAACCAUCUUUGAGGUUCUCUUUCCACAGGUGAGGAGCGGAGGGGACACCAGCUGUGCUGCAUUUGUAAUCAGAGGCUCUGGUGUAAAAGGAGGAUGGAGACACCACUCGACGCCGGAUGAUUGCUACAGUUUUGUUUAGCGCCAGCCACUCGUACUUGCUUGUUCGCUUAUUUGACUUCUCGCGUUUGGAUUAUUGGAUUUUUGACCUUGGACUGUUUUCUUGGAUUACGACUUUGGAUUCCCCUCUGAACCCCUCUCUGCUUGCCCUGCUUAGGAUUACCAUCAUCUCCUUCACCUACUCCGCUGAGAACCCGGAUAUUCAGGACCAUGUCCCAUUCUCCUCCACGGCUCCUGCUUCCUGCUCCUCUCCUCUCCGCUUCCUCACCAACCCCGCUCUGCUGGACCCCCGCCCUCGCUCACCUCGGCUCAUCACCUGCUCCACUGCUCGCUGAGCUCGAACUCUGGACUAACGCCUUACGGCACCCUACUCACUGGACUUCCAGUGCACCUUUAGUUCCCAUUCUCCAAAUAAAGACUCUAUUUUUACU